CCUGGGUCAGGGUUAGUGUUAACUUCUCCUGGUUUUCUAUUCAGUGGAUUUAAUCUUUGUGGACUGUGGAAGGAUCAAGACACUGAGUGGACCUGAAUCCCUGGGAACUGACUGGUUCUGGUUUCUCUCUCAGAAUGACUGAAGUCUGGAAGAUGGAGGAUUGUGAUCCAAAGGAGAACAGAGCAGAACCUCCAGGAUCCAGUUGUCAGUCUAUGAGGAGUGACCGGUCCAAACAUGAACCUCCAGAAUUCAGUAAAGACCAUGGACCCUCAGAAGGUCAGAACCACAGACAGAGAGCAGAACCUCCAGGAUCCAGCUGUCCGUCUAUGAGGAGUGACUGGUCCAAACAUGACCCUCCAUUCUUCAGUCCUGAACCUGGACCCUCAGACUCAGAAACAGGACCUGGACUGCUGGCAGCCAAUCAGAGCAGCUGUGCUCCAGCUGCUGUGUUUGUGGGAGAAGAUGUUGGUCUGCAGGAGGUUCUAGAGGAACAUAAGAUCAGUCUGAGGAGGAGAUGUGAACGUGUGACUGAAGGAAGUGAUGAACCAGGAAGUAGAACCCUCCUCAACAGGAUCUACACUGAUCUCUACAUCACAGAGGGACAGAGUGAAGAGGUUAAUACCCAACAUGAGGUGAAGCAGCUGGAGAGAGCUUCCAGGAUCCAGAACCUCCAUGACUCUCCAAUCAGGUGCCACGACAUCUUUAAAGCCUUACCUGACCAACAUGGAGCCAUCAGAGUGGUUCUGACCAACGGCGUCGCUGGUGUUGGAAAAACCUUCUCAGUGCAGAAGUUCACUCUGGACUGGGCCGAGGGCUUGGAGAACCAAGAUGUCCGUGUGGUGGUUCUGCUGUCGUUCAGGGAGCUGAACCUGAUCAGAGGUGAGCAGCACAGUCUUCUCACGCUGCUCCAUGUUUUCCAUCCAACCCUCCAGAAGGUCCCAGCAGAGCAGCUGGCUGCCCACAAACUUCUCUUCAUCUUUGACGGCCUGGAUGAAAGCAGACUUUCUCUGGACUUCAACCACAGUCGGCUUGUUUCUGACGUCACACAGAAGUCAUCAGUCGAUGUUCUGCUGACAAACCUCAUCAAGGGGAACCUGCUUCCCUCGGCUCUGGUCUGGAUCACCUCCAGACCUGCAGCGGCCAAUCAGAUCCCUCCUUCAUGUGUUGCCAGGGUAACGGAGGUACGAGGCUUCACCGACGCCCAGAAGGAGGAGUACUUCAGGAGGAGGUUCAGUGAUGAAGAGCUGUCCAGCAGAAUCAUCUCCCACAUCAAGACCUCCAGGAGCCUCCACAUCAUGUGUGGAAUCCCAGUCUUCUGCUGGAUCACUGCUACGGUUCUGGAGAACAUGUUGACCACAGAGCAGAAAGGAGAGCUGCCCAAGACCAUGACUGACAUGUACUCUCACUUCCUGCUGGUCCAGACCAGGAGGAAGAAGAACAAGUACCAUGAAGGACAUGAGAGGAGUCCACAGGAGCUGAUGGAGGCUGACAGGGAAGUUCUCCUGAAGCUGGGGAGGCUGGCGUUAGAACAUCUGGAGAAAGGAAACAUCAUGUUCUACCAAGAAGACCUGGAGCAGUGUGGUCUGGAUGUCACAGAGGCCUCGGUGUACUCAGGAGUUUGUACAGAGAUCUUCAAGAGAGAGAGUGUGAUGUUCCAGAAAGCAGUCUACUGCUUUGUUCAUCUGAGCAUUCAGGAGUUUCUGGCUGCAGUCUACAUGUUCCACUGCUUCACCACCAGGAACACAGAGGUGGUGAAUAACUUCCUGGGGAAAAAAUACAGUAUAAAAUCUCUGGAUGACUUCCUGAAGAGAAUCAUGGAGAAAUCCCUCUUCAGUAAAAAUGGCCACCUGGACCUGUUUGCUCGCUUCCUUCAUGGCCUCUCUGUGAAGUCCAACCAGAGACUCUUAGGAGGCCUGCUGGGUCAGACAGAGAACAGUCCAGAAACCAUCCAGAGAGUCAUAAACAACCUGAAGAAGAUGAACACUGGUAGAAUCUCUCCUGACAGAAGCAUCAACAUCUUCCACUGUCUGAUGGAGAUGAAGGACCUCUCAGUUUUUCAGGAGAUCCAACAGUUCCUGAAAUCAGAGAACAGAUCAGAGGAGCUCUCAGAGAUCCAGUGUUCAGCUCUGGCCUACAUGCUGCAGAUGUCAGAGGAGGUUCUGGAUGAGUUGGACCUGGAGAAGUACAACACAUCAGAAGCAGGACGACUGAGACUGAUUCCAGCUGUGAGGAACUGCAGAAAGGCUCGACUUAAUGGCUGCAAACUCUCAGAGACUGAAUUUGAAGUUGUAGCAUCAGCUCUGAAGUCUAACCCCUCUCAUCUGACUGAAGUGGAGAUAAGAGAGAUCGAAGGAGUGUACAACUCUGGAAUGAAGCAUCUGUGUGAGAUACUGAAGAGUUCACUCUGCAGAGUUAACAUCCUGAGAUUGGAGAAAUGCAGUUUGUCAGAGAUCAGCGGUUCUUCUCUGGUCUCUGCUCUGAAAUCCAACCCCUCCCAUCUGACAGAACUGGACCUGAGCUACAUCUACGACCUGAAAGAUGCUGGAGUGAAGGAGCUCUGUGGUUUUCUCCAGACUCCCCUCUGCAAACUACAGAUAUUGAGAUUGGAGCUCUGCAGGUUGUCAAAGAUCAGCUGUGACUCUCUGUGUUUGGCGCUGAAGUCCAACCCGUCCCAUCUGACAGAACUGGACCUGAGAUGGAACAACCUGAAGGAGUCAGAUGUUCAGCAGCUGCAGGAUCUUGUAAAGAGUCCAGACUACAAACUGGAAUCUGUGAGGAGGAUCUGAUGAUCUUAGUAGAGGAGAGAAGCUGAGCUGUCCUGAUGAUCCAGAGGUUGAAGCUGCAGCAGUUUGAGUUUAAAGAGACUCUGACUGGAUCCUGAUGAUGAACUCUGAGUUUAGAGAUGUUG